AUGCAAAAAGAUAAACUUGGGCAGGAUAUUUUUCUUAUUGGACCUCCAGGGAAUUUACGUAGAGGAAUUGUUCUUAAGUACGCACAACUUACCAAUCGAGAAAUAGAGUACAUCCCAUUAUCAAAAGAUUGUACAGAUGCUGAUCUUAAACAACGUCGAGAAAUUUUGAAUGGGACAGCCUUCUAUGUGGAUCAAGCUUGUGUCCGAGCUGCUAUUAACGGUCGAAUUCUUAUAUUAGAUGGAAUUGAAAAAGCCGAAAGAAAUGUACUUCCAAUAUUAAACAAUCUUUUGGAAAAUAGAGAAAUGGCAUUAGAGGAUGGUAGAUUUUUGGUUCAUCCAAAACGUUAUGAUUCACUUAUAAAAACUAAUGAGAAAACGAAUAUGGAUGAAUGGAAAUUGGUAAAAGUUUCUGAUCGGUUUAUUGUAAUGGCACUUGGAUUACCUAUUCCUCCUUAUAUUGGACAUCCAUUAGAUCCUCCUCUCCGAUCACGUUUUCAAUGUAGAGAUAUUAAAUCACCAGGAUUUAAUGAUCAAGUUAAACACUUAAGUAGACUUGCACCAAAGGCUAAUAUUGAAAUUUUAGAAAGAUUAGUUUCCGUUGGAAAUGUUAUUGGAUCUAUGCAAUUUGAUAAUAGUGGUGGAAUAAAAAUUCCCGAAUUCCCAAUUUCAAUGGAAUCGAGUGUACUGAUAUUACAGUAUUUUCCUGAUAUUCAACCUCGAUUCUUAUUGGAUUUAUUAUAUCCUUGGCCUUUACUUUCGACAUGUGAUUUAGAACAAAGAAAUGUUAUAGAAACAAUUUAUCAUCGGUUUGGAAUGCUUGGCCACGAAAAUACUACAGAAAGUAAAGAUGAUAAUGAUUCUGUUCAGUACGAAUUUUUUGUUGAAACAAAUUAUCAUCAAAAUAUUUUUAAUGCAAUGUUAAUUGCCCAUUCAGUUGGAGAUUUUUGUCUCAUUGGGAUGAAAGGUGUAGGGAAAAGUGCUCUGGUUAGAUAUUUUGCUAGGAAACUUGGAUAUAAUAUUGAAUAUAUUCCUUUGUAUAAAGAUAUGUCAGCGCGUGAUCUUUUACAAAGGAGGAGUACCACUUUUUCCGGAGAUACUAUAUGGGAAAAUUCACUUUUGGUGAAAGCUGCCAUAACGGGAAAUUUAGCUAUAAUAGAUGGAAUUGAGACACUUUCUUUUGGUACUUUGGUUACUAUACAGAGGUUAAUAAAAGAACGCGAGAUAGUACUUCCUGAUGGAAAACAAUUAAUUAAUUACAUGAGAUAUAAAAGAUUAAUUCAAGAUUAUGGGUUUACUGAAAAACAAUUGAAAAGCAAAGGGAUACUUGCAAUACAUCCUGCUUUUCGUAUUGUAGCAUUGGCAAGACCUUUUAGUAGUAGUGAAGGAGAGUCAGGGUCAUGGCUUUCACCGGAAAUAGUUUCAAUGUUUCAGUUUUUGGUUGUCCGUCCAUUGAAUAAUCAAGAGGAAGCACAAGUUCUUAAAACAUUGUCUCCUGGCAUUGAUUCUGAAAAUCUUUCAUUAUUAUUACGCUUUGCUCAUCUUUUACGGAAUGAUACUGAUGAAACUAUAAAGUCAAUAUCUAACGCGCUAUCAACUCGACAACUUAUUCGAAUUUGUCGUCGGCUUACUCUUUUUCCAAGGGAAAGUCUUUAUGAAACAAUUCAUAAAGUUUCUCUUUCACGUUUUUUACCUUCUUUGGCGAAGGAAGCAUUAGAAGAAUUGAUGAUAAAUAAUGGAAUUUUAUCACCAUCUAAUCCUAUCAAUAUUAGUCAACUUAAAAUUGAAAUACUUCCUUCACGAGAUGAUCCUAAAAUACUUCGUAUUGGAGAUGUUGAACAACCGAUAUCCAAGGAAUCAAAUCCGCUUUUGAUUCCUAAUGUUUUGUUUCAUGAAAAUCCUCAGCAAACAUAUAUUCUUAUGCAAAUAUUACAAGAUUAUCAAUUAGGUGAACACUUGUUAUUGAUUGGUAACCAAGGUGUGGGUAAGAAUAAAUUGGCAGAUUAUUUUUUACAAUUAUUAAGAUUACCCAGAGAAUAUAUUCAACUUCAUCGCGAUACCACAGUGCAAAGAUAUAUAUUAGUUGUGGAUGAAGCGGAUAAAGCUCCCACAUAUGUUACAGCAGUACUUAGAAACCUUUUAGAAGAUGGUCAAAUGGUAUUAAGUGAUGGAAGAAGAAUAAUUUCUAAUUUGUCAUUUAAUAAAAAUUCAGAAGGAGAAGACAAAGAAAAAGAAGAAUGUAUUGUGAUUCAUAGGAAUUUCAGGAUGAUAGUCUUGGCAAAUAGACCAGGUUUUCCUUUCCUUGGAAAUGAUUUUUACAGAGAAAUUGGUGAUGUAUUCAGUUGUCAUGCGGUUGAUAAUCCUGAUUCGGAUUCAGAAAUGUUUCUUUUGAAGAAAUAUGCGCCAGAUGUAUCAGAAGAUUUAUUAUUGAGACUUACAGCAGUAUUUAAUGAUUUGAGAAAGUUGGUUGAUGAAGGAUUGAUUUCAUAUCCUUAUUCUACAAGAGAAUUAGUUAAUGUUGUCAAGCAUAUGCAGCAAUUUCCAGAUGAAGGAGUAUCCCGAAUAUUGCAAAAUGUAUUUGACUUUGAUCAAUAUGAUAAAGAUUCUAAAGACUUAUUAAUAGCAACAUUCCAAAAACAUGAGAUACCCGUUGGAUUAGAAUCUGAUUUUACUGUUAAUUUAGGAACCAGAAUAACAUUAUCAGAUCCAAUAAUAAGUGAAUAUUGGACGAGGUCAAAUAAUAUUACAGAAGAUAAGAUAUGUGAUGUGAAAAAGGAAAUCUUGGCAUUGAGAGGUAGAUGGGAAAUUCAAGUCGGGCGACCUAGAGAAUUAGAUAGAAUAGAAAGCCGUACUGUUACAUUUACUGAACAAGUUUAUAAUUUUAGAAUACCCACCCGUGGAGAAGCUAUUGAUAUUGUGGGUCUUGAAGAUGGAUCAUUAUUUGCAGUAACGACAAAUCCUGUUGCAUUACAUGCAAUAGACAAAGAACAUCAUAAAAUUUUGAGUAUAGAUUUAUAUGAAUAUUUCCCUUUACAGGAAGCUCCACCUAGAAUAAAAAUUUCAAUAAUUAAGCUUCCAAAUGAACAAAACAAUGAAUUAUGGCACUUAUUACUUCAUAAUUCUUCUGAUAAUUCCUUACUUUGCAUUGAUUUUGCUACUAAAAAUGUUAUGAAUACGACUUCUGCAUUUAUACAAAAAAUUUCGUUGACAGGAUUAAGUCCCACCUCAAAAUCAAUUAUGGUGAAUAAUUUUGAUUAUAUGGAAAUUUUAGAAUGUCUUGAUGGUCAAUAUUAUAUAAUUCACGCAAUACCAAAUGAAAAUAAUCAAAUUAGAGUUCCAAAUAUAUUACAAAAGAUUGAUGUUCACGGAUUCUUCAAAGAUUUUCCUGAAGAAAUUACUUAUGUUUCAUCAAGUGGAGUUUUUGCUAGACCAACUAAUGAUAUAUUAUCAGUUCGAUUCUUACAAAAUACAAAUGAUUCCAUGGCAAAUGUUUCAUUAUUUUUAUCUCGCACUGGACAAUUAGCAACCAUUAUUCCUCUAAAGGAUGGAAGAAGUGAAGGUUAUUUGGAAUUAUUUAAUCCAAUACAGAAUACUUUAUGGAGAAUUAUUAUUCCAUUGGCAUUUAAUGGGUCAAGAAAGAAGAGCAAUCCAGGUCUUAGUAAUAUUGAUCAACAAUUUGAAAAAGAUGCAGCUAUCUUAUUGGAAUUACCAAAUGGAAAUUUAUUAACAAUGGAUAAUAGUGGUAUUGUUCGUGUAUGGCAAGUUGAUCCUGGACAAUUGAUUAAGGCGGCAAACAUAUGGAGAAAGUUGGGUAAAAUAACUCAAGAAACAGCGGCAGAAAAUUUAUUGGGAACUGGUUCUGGUUCUGGUUCUAGUGGUGGCGGAGGAGAUCCUAUGAAUUUAAAAGGCCGUAACCAAACUUUUAUUGAUGUUGCUAAUUUACAAGUUAGAACUGAAGCUGCUCCACCUCGUAAGUUGACUGAUAUUCAAAGAGAAAUACAUGAAAUGACAAUGCAAAAGAAACUCGAGCAAGUAAACAUGACCCAGUCAGAUUCUGAAUUAUACCAUUCAUAUUUAAUUAAUGUACAACGCGAGAUUCGUGAAUUGCGAGUGAUUCUAGGAAGUAUUGAAGCUAAGAAUAAAGAACGAAUUUGGUUAAAGAACCAAAGUUCGGGAGAUGUUGAUGAUACUAAAUUAAUUGAAGGUCUCACAGGAGACAUAAAUAUUUAUAAGAGACGAGGAGAAAAUGAUGAUGAGAUUGAAUUUUUUCAAACAUGUAUAGAUUUAACUCGUAUGACCGUCGAUUGGAUCGUUCUAUGGAAGUAG